UGUAGUAGUGAUUAGGGAAGUGUAGGCCGCGUGCGCGCUGCUCUGUCACACUCAGACUUAGCUACGCGUCAAAUUCAGCGCCUGAUCGCCUCUUCGAUUCGUUUAAACGUCGAGAAACAUGCCGAAGAAGUCUAAAGAAGUGGCGGAGUGGGAAGGAGACGAUGAGCCACAGACGGAAAAAGUUGUCAAGAAAGGAAAAAAAGACAAGAAAGACAAAAAAGACAAGAAGAGCUUCUUCGAUGAGCUGUCCACAGAACAUAAGGCUGAGAAGGCAGAAGAGCUGGCAGUGAAAGAGACGCAAGCAAAGCAGCCCCAAAAGAAAAAGAAGGACCGGCGGAAAGGUAAAGCUGGGGACGCGGAUGAUAAAGAUGAAGAGGUCAUGCAGCGACUCAAGAAACUCUCCGUCCAGCCCAGCGAUGAGGACGAGGAAGAGGUAAUAGCUGCUCCUGCAAAAGGUGGAAAGAGAAACAAGGGUGGCAACAUAUUCGCCGCUCUGAGUCAGGGUCAGAGUGAUGAAGACGACGAGGAUGAUGCAGAUGAUGACGACGAUGUCAACGAUGAUAAACCUAAAAAUAAGAAAGACUCCAAGGAGAUUUCCAGAGGAAAGAAAAAUGAUAAGGCUAAGCCAAAGAAAUCCAAGGAGUCUGACGAUGAACCUGACGAGGAAAUGGAGAAAAAUGAUGAGAAUGAGAAGAAGGGAGUGAAGAAGAACCAGAAAGCAGGCAGCAAAGCAUCUAAGGUGGAGGACGAAGAGAAAGAACAAAAGACUCAGAAGGCUGCUGGAAAGAAAGAACAGCCAAAGAAAGCCAAGCCUGCUCGCCAGCCUUCCAGUGAGGAUGAGGAAGAGAAAAGCGAUGACAAUGACACCAUGAGGAGUGCCGAGGACGCUCUGGUCGCAGAGCAGAGCAAAAACCAGGAGGAAGACCCUUACGCCAACCUGAGCAAAAAGGAGAAGAAGAAGAAAAAGAAGCUGAUGGAGUACGAGCGGCAGGUGGCCAGCGUCCGUGCUCAGAGCGCCUCCGAGGGAGAUUUCUCGGUCUCUCAGGCGGAAUUGUCUUCAAGACAAGCCAUGCUGGAGAACGCCUCGGAUAUAAAGCUGGAGAGAUUCAGCAUCUCUGCUCACGGGAAGGAGCUUUUCGUCAACGCCGAUCUCCUGAUCGUUGCCGGUCGUCGCUAUGGUCUUGUCGGACCAAACGGAAAAGGAAAGACAACGUUGCUGAAGCACAUUUCCAACAGAGCUCUUAGCAUUCCUCCCAACAUCGACGUGCUGCUCUGUGAACAAGAGGUGGUUGCUGAUGACACUCCGGCUGUGCAGGCUGUGCUGAAGGCGGACACGCGGCGUCUCAGGUUGCUGGAUGAGGAGAAGAAGCUGCAGGCUUUGCUCGAGAAGGGCGAGGACUCGGUGUCUGAGAGACUACAGAAGGUGUAUGAGGAGCUAAGGGCGAUCGGAGCGGCGGCGGCAGAGGCCAAGGCUCGCAGGAUCCUGGCUGGUUUGGGUUUCACCCCUGAAAUGCAGAACAGACCCACCAAGAAGUUUUCAGGUGGUUGGAGAAUGAGAGUAUCGCUCGCCAGAGCUCUGUUCAUGGAGCCCACGCUGCUGAUGCUGGACGAGCCGACGAACCACCUCGACCUCAACGCCGUCAUCUGGCUCAACAACUACCUGCAAAGCUGGAAGAAGACCCUUCUGAUCGUGUCCCAUGACCAGAGUUUCUUAGAUGAUGUCUGUACGGAUAUCAUUCACCUGGACAACCAGAAACUCUAUUACUACAGGGGCAACUACUUGACGUUUAAGAAGAUGUACGUCCAGAAGCAAAAGGAGCUCCUGAAGCAGUACGAGAAACAAGAGAAAAGGCUAAAAGAGCUGAAAGCUGGCGGCAAAUCCACCAAACAAGCUGAGAAACAAACAAAGGAGGCGCUGACAAGGAAACAGCAGAAGGGCAAGAAGAAGGGACAGGAAGAGGAAAGCCAUGAGGCUCCAGAGCUGCUUAAACGACCUAAAGAAUACACUGUGAAGUUCACAUUUCCAAACCCACCGCCCCUUUCUCCACCCAUUCUCGGUCUCCACACCGUGGACUUUGCCUACGACGGUCAGAAGCCUCUGUUCAAAAAUGUUGACUUUGGUAUUGAUAUGGAGUCUCGAAUUUGUAUAGUCGGGCCAAACGGUGUCGGAAAGAGUACUCUCCUCCUCCUGCUGACGGGGAAGUUGACUCCUACCAGAGGUGAGAUGAGGAUGAAUCACCGCUUGAAAGUGGGCUUCUUUAACCAGCAGUAUGCUGAUCAGCUGAACAUGGAGGAGGCUCCCACCGAGUACCUGCAGAGGAAUUUCAAUCUGCAAUACCAGGACAGUAGGAAGUGUCUCGGUCGCUUCGGCCUGGAAAGCCACGCGCACACGAUCCAAAUUUCUAAACUUUCCGGUGGCCAGAAAGCGAGAGUAGUAUUUGCUGAACUUUCUUGUCGCCAGCCAGACGUCCUGAUUUUGGACGAGCCCACUAACAAUCUGGACAUUGAGUCAAUCGAUGCAUUAUCAGAAGCCAUCAAUGAAUACAAAGGAGCUGUGAUCAUUGUGAGCCAUGACGCGCGGUUGAUUACCGAGACUCAGUGCCAGCUGUGGGUGGUGGAAGACCGAUCCAUAAACCAUAUCGAGGGAGAUUUCGAAGACUACAAGAGAGAAGUGCUGGAGGCUCUUGGAGAAACGCUAGUGAACAAGCACAAAGAGUGAACGUGCCACUGCUUCAGUCUCAUAACCUACAAUAAAGUUCAUCUUUAUCAACACAGUGUGAUGCAUCUGGUUCUGGACCCUUUUUUUUUUUUUUCAGAGUGAUGUGCAGGAUGGUUUUGGAUAUGUCGGCUUUUUCAGGAAGUACAGUGUGAGCUUCAUCAGCGCGUCCCAUAAACAGUGUUGUUUUUUUUUCCCCAAUGACCUGCAAUAGGGCUGCAUGAUAUCGAUCACAUUUGUGAUUUUGCCUUGCAUUGGUUGGACACCUUUUCACUACAGUAUAUCAUAUUCUGUCCAAGAAUAAAUCAGGUGCUGUGCUGCCAGUGCACAGUUGGAUCUUGUUUCUUUUUCUUUCAAAUAUCAGCUGCAAAAGUCAAUAAUGUAGAAAUGUUAUAUAUCGUGCAGCUUCAAUCGGCAGUAGAGCCGUACUGGUCGAUUUGUACGUAGAAAAACAAUUAGUGCAAAAAUUUAAAGCAACUAAAUGUAAUAGGAACUUAUGAGUAUUAACGAAAUAUGCGAAUAAAUGAAUUUUGCAGUAAGAA